AUGGCUGAUAGUGAUCGCAAGCGCCCGCAGUCCGACGAUCCCCAACCGCAACUUGCAUGCGAUGCCGUUUCUUCCUCUAAACGGUCCGGGAGCCUUUCCAAUCAGAAUGAGAACGUUGGCGACGAGAGUGACGAGCGGCGCGUAUUCUCGUUAGCCCUGCGCGACAACGUCAAAAAGGCACACGCUUCUCCCGCCAAAAAUGAUAGCGACAGUGACGAUGACGACUACACCUCAUCCUCCGGGAGUGAUAGUGACGAGGACGAUGAGGAUGACGCCGAGGAAGAGGACCAAGAUCAUGAUGUAAAAAGUGACAAUGGCUCCGAUCACACUUUACCGCGCAUACCUGCUCCACAAAAACCUCAAAUACAUCGUAUCGACAAAAAUUCCGAUAUCCUCUCCCGAUUGUCUGCGUUUCUCCCACAAAUGAAAAGUGCCAAUGAUAAACUACAGCAAGAGAUAGAGGCUGGGAGGGGAAAGGACCUGAGGUUGGACGAGGUGGAUGAUCAAACUGAUGGUCAAUAUAUUGAGAUGAAUCUGGGCCUAGGCGUCCUGGAAGAGAAACGCCCCGCCGACGGCCUCGACCCUAGUGCAAAGAGCGAAGGCUCGGACGAAGGCCCUGCAUCCAACCACGCAGAAUCACACCCUAAUGCAUCACCCGAGUCGAACGUGUUGGAGACUCUGAUGGGGAACAAAGAUACUACAUCGUCGAAAAAGCCAACUAUUGAAGAAAUGAACGAAUAAAAACCAGUAAAUGUGGGAUUGGGUUGCAUGGACGGCGCUUACGGGUGUGAUAUGUUUUU